AUGAUCAACCAAACUAUAGACAACUCUACUGAUGAAAUUUUUUUUACUCUUGCAUUACCUCUAUUUGUACAAUGCAUAUUUUUAUUAUUAUUUGCUAUUGUUGUAAUUUUGGCUGUAUGUGGAAAUAGUAUUGUUAUAUGGAUUGUACUUGCACAUCGUCGAAUGCGAACACCAACAAAUUAUUUUCUUGUUAAUCUGGCUUAUGCCGAUGUUCUUAAUGCACUCUUUAAUAUUCCUUUUAAUGGUUUUUAUAUGGUCGCACAAAUAACAUGGCCAUUCGGAAUUUUUAUGUGUCCUUGGGUACAAGCUGUUUCUCAUAUAUCAAUUGCUGCAAAUGUACUUACUUAUGUAGCAAUUAGUUUAGAUAGAUAUUUUGCGAUUAUUCAUCCUUUACGUACGAAAUUAACACGUACACAAACAAUUAUGAUAAUAUGUGGUAUUUGGAUCCUUUCUUUACUUGUAUCAUCACCAGCAAUACGAUCAUUUAGUAAAGUUGUUUAUGAUUGUAAAAUAGAGGAUAUUAAAAGUCAUGAAAAAUUUGAAUGGAUAUUUUUCUCGGUAACUUAUAUUUGUCCGAUUGUUAUUCUUACAGUAACAUAUACACGUAUAGCAAUUGAACUUUGGGGACAAACUGCUAUUGGAGAAGUUACAAAACGACAACGAGAUUCAAUACAAUCAAAACGAAAAGUUGUAAAAAUGCUAAUAGCUGUUGUAUUAAUCUUUGGUAUUUGUUGGUUUCCUCAACAACUUUAUUUCAUUCUUGUUGCUGCAUAUAAAUCGAUUCCUGAAUGGCAAGGUACACCAUAUGUCUAUCUCAUAUCAUAUCUAUUUGCCAUGAGUAAUUCAAUGUACAAUCCAUUUCUAUAUUGUUGUAUGAAUAAUAGAUUUCGUAAUGGUUUUCGUAGUGUAUUUCGUUAUUGUCCAUGUAUUAAAUGGUCACCAGAAUUUGAAUUUGCCUCAGAUGGUUAUGUUUCAUGUCGUAGUGUAUCGGAACCAACAGCACUUAGUGCAAUUUAUUCAUCUCAACGUAAAAGUCGUACAAUUGGUACAACAAAUUCACCACAACAAUCAAUAAUAACAGAAUUAUCUGGUAAUAUUAAUCGACAUCAACGACAUUACGAAUCUAAAAAUUAA